CUUGUAAAGUUCAAGGCCUUCCAGUUUUACCUGGAAGGGCACAAGUUGGCAUUGUUGCUCCUUCCAGGAGAGGUUCCCAGAUAGUUUGGGGUCUUCAAAAUGUUUGCCAAAGCAACAAGAAAUUUUCUUAAAGAAGUUGAUGAUGACGGUAACCUGAUUUCAGUAUCAAACUUGAAUGAUUCUGAUAAAUUACAACUUCUAAGCCUGGUGACUAAAAAGAGGAGAUACUGGUGCUGGCAGAGACCCAAGUACCAGUUUCUAUCUGUCACCCUGGGAGAUGUACUCACAGAAGACCAAUCACUGAGCCCAGUGGUUGUGGAGUCGGACUUUGUGAAAUAUGAGGGCAAGUUUGAAAACCACGUGAGUGGAGCCAUCGAGACGGUUCUGGGGAAAGUGAAGCUGAAUGUGGGCGGCAAAAGCCUGGUGGAGAGCCAGUCUUCCUUCGGAACCCUGCGGAAGCAGGAGGUGGACCUGCAGCAGCUCAUCAGGGAUGCGGUGGACAGAAAGCUCAAUCUGAAGGACCCAGUGCUGCAGCAGGUGCUAGAGAGGAGGAACGAGGUCCUGUGUGUGCUGACACAGAAGAUCGUCACCACGCAGAAGUGCGUGAUCUCUGAGCAUGUGCAGAUCGAGGAGAAGUGUGGUGGCAUGGUGGGCAUCCAGACCAAGACGGUGCAGGUGUCAGCCAUGGAGGAUGGGAAUGUCAUCAAGGACUGCAACGUGGCCCUGGAGAUCCCAGCUGCCACCACCAUUGCCUAUGGCAUCAUGGAGCUGUAUGUGAGACAGGAUGGCCAGUUUGAAUUCUGCCUCCUCCAAGGGAAGCACGGUGGCUUCGAGCAUGAGAGGAGAGUCGACGACAUCUACCUGGACCCCCUGGCCUACAGAGACUUUGCGUUUGUGGACGUGCCGGAUGCUGGGCUUGGGACAUCUUCCCACCAUGGAUCUCUGCAUGCUUUAAAGCAAGUGACUCUGCGCCUGGAGAGCAAUUUCCACCCGUUCGUGGAGCUGCCGGAGCAGCAGCAGACAGCUGUGUGGCAUCUGUUGCAGAUGGUCCUGUUCGAUGAGGAAUUCCUUGUGGCCCUAGAGCAAGUGUGUGAUGACGUGGCCAGUGGCCUCUGGUCCCCACAGGCAGCGCUGGCCAUAGGCGGGCUGAAGGCUGCCCAGCAGCAGGACUUGACCGCCUUCCUGGGGCUGGUGGGGUGCAGGGUACAGGGUGAGCGCCCUGGCCCUGAAGACCAGAUCAGCAACCAGAAACUCUUUGCCACAGCCUACUGCCUGGUCAGCGCACUAGCAGAAAUGCCAGAUAAUGUUGCCACUCUUCUGGGUAUUUGCUGUAAGCUCCAAAUGAUUCCCACGCUGUGCUACUUGCUGCAUGCUCUGUCUGAUGAUGAGAUAUCUGAUCUUGAAGACCCAGCCUUAGCUCCUCUGAAAGACACAGAAAGGUUUGGGAUUGUGCAGCGCUUAUUUGCCUUGGCCGACAUUAACCUGGAGAGAAUGCAGUCAUCUGUGAAAGCCAUCAUCCUCAGGGACUCUCAAGUCCUCCCGCUAAUUCUCUGCAUUGCCUUGAGUGGACUUGAUGCACUAGGCAGGGAACACUAGCUGUCUGUCAGUAUAUGUUAUAGGACCAAGCCUGGGUGCUCUUUUUUUUUUUUUUUUUUUUAAAUUUAAUUUAAGCCUGGGUGCUCUUUAGAAUUGUUAGGGUACUACUUUGGGAUUUAGGUCUAAUUGCACAUUAAAAGUUGAUCAAUGAACAUAUUUAUAGAGCACUUUAAGAGGUGGUUUUGUACUAUGAAUGCCAGUAGGUACUCUUAUUAGAACUGCUGUUUUCCAGAGGCCUGUGCUAGAUUCUAACACCUGUGGAGCUGAGAUGCCUAUUCAAACCUGUUCCUUGAAGAAUAAUGGACCAUCCAUUGUUUCUUUUAUAUACACUUCUUGGCUUUGUUAUACAAUAACAUGAAUCUUUGAACACUUUAAUCCAAAAUUCAUUUUAAAUUGUGAAUACUAUGGGAAAGCAAUUUCUGUAUCCUCUCAGAAGAAGUUACAUUUUGGAAGUGCUGUGAAUUUUGGUGAUUGAAAAAUGAACUGUAAAUGCCACUAGCGUGUAUGAACACACACACACACACACACUUUCCCCAAAACCUCCGCAAAACAAAAUUAUGUUUAAGUAUUACAACAGUAGUCCUUCCUUGUUGGGAGUCUAGCUAAUGUACAUUUUAUUUGAACAUGCAUUGAUGAACGUACUAAUUCCUUUUUCUUCCUUUGGUGGUUCUGGUGUUUGCAUUUAUCGCCUUGGGCUCCUUACUUGAGUGCUCUACCACUUAAGCCAGACCUGCAGCCCAUGAAUAUGACUAAUUCUAUGACUGUGGUAUUCUUAUGAAUUAUGGGUACCUAAAAUGUCACAUACUGUUUUUGAUCAAAGGGAAGGUUGAAGUGUAUUUUGCCCUUUUGUUUUGAUGGCUGUCUCCCUGAGGGCUGCUGAUCCCAAGGGCAGGGUCUGUCAGCCUUCAGGGAUUGGAAGGCCCUGGGAUGAGGAGAGAAGCACAUUAGUAUGUUCUCUUUUCCUUCACCACCCACGUCCACCCUUUGUCCUUUCAUAUUUUAAGAAACAUGAACAAGGAUGAAAUAAAGCAAAUAAUACUUUCAUCACCUCUUUGAAAAUGAGACUAGCCUUAGGCAACUGCUUAUUAUAUGUGGGGGAAAGGAUCUAAGUUGCACACUGUGGUAGUGACUUCAAAAGCAGUUCCCUUCUACACAAAGUGGGAAGAAUAUACAAGUGAAGUAGUUGUGCUAAA